CAGCCAGGCGUGCAGCAGAGCAAACCUACUCUGUUCGGACAACAGCUUGCAUAUUUCAGCACCUAAAGGGAGGCUCAAGCGAAUGAGAAAUAUCUGCAAUAUUUGACUUGCUGUCGUCUCAGGAAUCACCUUUUCUUAGAUCAUCCAAAGAUAAGAGGUACUAUUUGCAGAAGAAAUUUUCUGUUCUGUGGUGAUUGGAUGGGAGGAAUCUUUAACCUUGGAAAUUGAAGAUGUUGUUACUAUGGAAACUGCUAAUACUGUUGUCAUUCAAGGACUGCCUUGCAGAGAGACAUGCAUUACAUGGACCAGUGUUCACACAAGAGCCAAGUGACAUUACAUUUCCUUUGGAUUCUGAGAACAGGAAGGUUUUUAUCAAUUGCAAAGCACAGGGAAACCCACUACCAGAAUACAGGUGGAAGAUAAAUGGAAGAGACAUUGACCUUGGUAUGGAUUACCACUACAGUUUGGUGGAAGGUAACCUAUUGAUCAAUAACCCUGACAAAAACCGCCAUGGUGGAACUUACCAGUGUUUUGCAACCAAUUCAUUUGGAACCAUUGUGAGCAGAGAAGCAAACGUUCAGUUUGCAUAUCUUGAAAACUUCAACAGUAAAUUAAGAAAUGCAGUACCAGUUCGAGAGGGACAGGCUGUUGUACUGCUGUGUGGACCACCACCACAUUCAGGAGAACUAACAUACUCAUGGAUUUUCAAUGAGCAUCCAAACUUUGUGCAGCAGGACAGUCGUCGGUUUGUGUCACAAAAGACAGGAAAUUUAUACAUAGCAAAAGUGGAAGCAUCAGACGUAGGCAAUUACACCUGCGUAGUCAGGAACGUUGUAACCAACACCAUCGCUUUGAGUUCUCCAACUCCUGUAGUACUACGGAGGGAUGCUGUGAUGGGAGAAUAUGAGCCCAAAAUAGAAGUUCAAUUUUCAGACAUAGUUUCUGUUGCUAAAGGAUCAUCAGUAAAGCUGGAAUGCUUUGCCUUGGGAAACCCUGUCCCUGUAAUAACAUGGAGAAGAGCAGACGGUGCCCCUUUCACAGGCAAAGUAAAAAUGAAUAGUUCCAAUGGGAUCCUUGAAAUUCCAUACUUCCAGCAAGAGGAUGCAGGUGCAUAUGAAUGUACUGCUGAAAACUCAAGAGGAAAGAAUACUGCAAGAGGAAGGCUGACCUUCUAUGAUUUUGAACACCUGCAGUGGGUCCAGACACUGAAAGAUUCCUAUAUGGCUAUUGAAGACACUCUUUUCUGGGAGUGUAAAGCCAGUGGAAAGCCAAACCCUAUGUACAGGUGGUUGAAGAAUGGAGACCCUCUGGUAUUGGAGGACAGAAUUCAAGUUGAAAAUAGUUGGUUAACAAUUACAAGACUCAAUUUGACUGAUUCAGGAAUGUAUCAGUGCUUAGCAGAAAACAAUCAUGGGACCAUCUAUGCUAGUGCAGAGCUUAAAGUUAUAGCUUCUCCACCAGAUUUUUCCAGAAGUCCAGUGAAAAAAACAACACUUAUCCCAGCAGGUGGGGAAGUUAUUAUUGAGUGCAGGCCCAAAGCCUCCCCGAGAGCAACGUUCUCUUGGAAGAAGGGCAUUGAGGUUCUCAAGGAAAACAAAAGGAUAACAUUUCUUGAGGAUGGGAGCCUUCGAAUCGGCAAUAUAACCAAAUUAGAUGGAGGAAGAUAUACAUGUGUAGCGAGAAAUGCAUUUGGAAAGUCCAGCAGCACAGGAAGCUUGGUGGUAAAAGAUCCAACAAAGAUUAUUUUGCCACCUUUAAGCAUAGAUGCAACUGUUGGGGAAAGCAUUGUUCUACCAUGCGAAGUAUCCAAAGAUUCUACACUAGAUGUCACUUUCAAAUGGUUUUUUAAUGGGAAGCUAAUAGAUUUUAACCGACAAGGGGACCACUAUGAAAAAAUUGGAGGAAGUUCUGCUGGUGAUCUGAUGAUCAGAAACAUUCAACUGAAUAAUGCUGGGAAAUAUGUCUGUAUGGUGCAUACAGUUGUGGAUACUGUGUCAGCAGCUGCAGACCUAAUUGUUAGAGGUCCACCAGGUCCUCCAGAAAACCUGCGAGUGCUGGAGGUUGCGGAUACUACAGCCCAGCUAUCCUGGAGGCCUGGCUCUGACAAUGGAAGCCCCAUUACCACUUAUACCAUACAGGCAAGGACACCGUUUUCAAUAGGAUGGCAAGCUGUUAAAACAGUUCCUGAAGUCAUACCUGGAAAUAUGCUGAGAACAACAGUAGUAGAUUUAAACCCUUGGGUGGAUUAUGAAUUCCGAGUGGUGGCGAGCAACAGUGUUGGGGUUGGGGAGCCAAGUGCACCAUCCAACCAAUUCAAAACCAAAACAGCAGUCCCUGAGGUGGCACCGGCUAAUGUGAGUGGGGGUGGAGGCUGUCGGUCUGAACUUGUCAUCACAUGGGAGCCUAUUCCUGAAGAAUUCCAGAAUGCUGAAGGGUUUGGGUAUGUCGUUGCUUUUCGACCAGCUGGUACAAGUACAUGGAUGCAGACAGUGGUGGCAUCAGCUGAUGCUGCAAGAUAUGUCUUUAAAAAUGAAAGCAUUCCACCACUAUCUCUGUUUGAAGUCAGAGUUGGUGUCUACAAUAUUAUUGGAGAAGGGCCAUUCAGUCAGGUUACCACUGUCUAUUCAGCGGAAGAGGAGCCAAGCAUGGCACCAACGAGAGUACUGGCUAAAAGUUUGUCUGCUUCUGAAAUUGAAGUAUACUGGGAUCCUGUGCCAUGGGAAAUGAGCAGUGAAAGGAUUCUAGGUUAUGAGGUUGUAUACUGGGAAAAAGAUGAACUACAACAGCAGGCUGAGAAAGUAAGAUCAGCAGAAGCAACAGCAAAUAUUACAGGCCUAAAGGGAAGCACACUGUAUUUUAUAGAAGUCAAGGCUUAUAACAGUGCUGGGACAGGGCCUUCAAGUGCACCAGUAAACAUCACCACAAAAAAGCCACCACCUAGUCAACCUCCUGGAAAGAUUCAGUGUAACUUGACUAAUUCAAAGAUUUUCUUGAACUGGGAACAUGUAAAAGCAAUGGAAAAUGAGUCAGAGGUUAUUGGAUACAAGGUCAUAUAUCGACCAAACUGGCACAGUAGAACAAAUGUUGUGGAAACAAAUAAAACAUCAGUAGAGCUCCAGCUUCCACCUGGGGAAGACUACUUCAUAGAGAUAAAAACGCUCAGUGAUGGAGGGGAUGGCAGUAGCAGCGGACCUAUUAGGAUUCCAAAGAUGUCAAGCUUGAAUUCAAAGGGACUGAGCGCUUUCAUAUCUAAUGUCGGCACAAUGACAGCUUUUAGCACAGUUGUGUUUUCAUUAAGUUCAAGAUUAGUGUUAUUGUGAUUCAAUUCAAUGGAAUGCCUUUUAUGGCACAAAUGGUUUCAAACUGAAGUGAAAGGAAUUCAGAAAAAGUGAUUUUCAAAACACAUAGAACAUAAGGAACAUGGACUUGUUUUAACAUAACAUAAUGAAAUGCCUUAAAAGAAGAUCCAAUGCACUAAAUCAUUAGAUAAACAAACAUUUAACUUGGAAAGUGAGAAAUUAUCAUAUUAUGCAAAAUAAACAGCGUAUGGCCUUUGCACAUGUAGACAAAACAUUUGCAGGUUAAUUGGACCAUGAUUUUAGUGUCAAUAAGGCUGAAAUACUUCCUUGCUUUGGUACAUAUGAGGGCAGUUAAGUAAAAAGUAGUUGUCCCAGUUAUUGUAAAACAAAGUGUAGAUUGAGGAAAUCCAAGUCUUUAAAGUAACGAGUUUGCUUCAGAGUAAUCAUGGCUUUUUGAAGAGUUUUCCUUUUGUGUACUGUAAAAUGCAGCUGUGUAUUGCAGCUGAUUCUGGAUAUAAAUGCUAUAAUGUUAUAAGAUGGUGGGAAUUCAUAUUUUGCAUUAGAUACCCAGGAUUUUUGCAGAGUGUCCGGGGUAUUUAAACCUCUGUUGAUAUUGUGUUUUCACUGUACAGGUAACACUUUAAAUUGAUAGAUCAUACUUUUAUAUGAAAACAGCAUAAUGAAAAUGUUAACUCUCUUAACAAAGGUGUAACUCAGAAGAAUAGUAAACUCAACACUGCUUACAUGUGUAAUAAUUAACUGCAGAAAGUAAUUACCAUGCAAUUCAAUGUAAUAACCGUGAUUUCAAAUUAAUGGACAAUACAUUAUAUGAAAAAGAUCAAAUAAAAGAGGUAAUUUAGCGAACAUCAGCUGUUUUACAGCAUAACCAUCCCGAUAAACAAAUAAUAUACAAUAUUCUGUAUUACUGGAGCAACCUAGUGCUUCCCUGUGCUGAUUAUAUAUCACCAACUUUAGAUAAUGAUACAGUAAUACAAGGUUUGAUGUCACCAUUCAAUGAUUGUUGCAUUUUCAUACUAAGAUUUGCAGUUGAUUGUUAAAUAGAAGGUGGUUUUGCAAAGCUUUUUUCUUUUAUUUCUCUCUCUUAAAAAAUUCUGUUGCCCCUUAUUUUAUUUUAUUUUUUUACAUUUUCCAAAUCUUUCAGACAUAGAAAUAUUCUGGUCUUUGUUCUUGUUUGAAGCUGUGUCAUAUUGCUGUUUAAUGACGUAUUGUUCUUUAGUUUGCUAGGAUGCUUUAAUACUGUUGUAUUAAUUCAGUAUCUUCAAAAGUACAAAUCUCUGUGAGAUACCUUCAAAAUAAAAUAUUUCACAUUGAAAACAAAUGAUUUUUUAAAAAUGUAUUUUACCUUUUGCAAUGUUGAGUUUAUGUGAUCAUGUGUGAGUUUAAACAACUUUUGUACUGAGACUCAAGAAAUGAAACUACUUGUUUCAAAUACAAACUAUUUUAGAUAAACUAUAAGUCUUGUCCCACCGAGACAUACACUUCAAUGGAAAUGUUUCUCCCUCAGUCUGUAAUAGCCAAUAGAUCUGAGUCAUACACUGUCUUGAAAAAUGUCAUAUUUAUCAGACAAUUGUUUUGUUCUACACCCCUUGACAGCCAAAGGUUUCCUCUUUUGUAGGGUCUUUUCCACUGUACUGUUGGGUUAGAGCAGUGGUUGUGACUGUAUACAAAACGUUGUAAACUACUGCUAAACCAUUUUAACCCUGUUUACAUCAAAGUGAAAUCUCUGCAAUUGAAUGACCUCUUUCAUAAGGGAAAAACCUUUGAGCUACAAGGAAUGACAAAAUGAUGUAUGCUAAGAGAACAAACUUGUUCAGGCCGCUCAAUUAUGUCUAUACAUAGAAAAGGUGAAAGCCAUGGCAGGUGAAGAUGCUCUAGAUUUAUGUUUUAAGCUACUUGAUUUUUCUGAACAACAACAAAGAAAAAAAUCCCAUAUGCUGGCCCAUUUGCCCUAUAUAUAGAAAGAAUAUGUAAUUGUCUUUCGUAAGAUAACACAUUCAUCCCCACCAAUGAGAGUGAGACCUAAAUACUUUAUAAUUGUAAAUAUGGAAUGCCACACACACACAUGCUGUAGUGAAUGCAAUAAUAUAAAAUGCCACAUAUCUGUAUUUUUAGUAGAGGUGCCUGCAAGGAAAUGUCAGAUAAGCAUUUAAUGUUGCUUGAAAACCAUCAAUGCUGCUGAGAGCAUUGAUAGAAUUCGAUAAGAAAUUCACUGAAAUGCAGCCAGAAAAGAAAUAAAGAGGACCUGCCAAGACUUUGAAGAAAAGGUACUUCAAUACCAUCUCAGGUAUUGCAGUGAUACACAAGAAUUUAGAUUUUCCACACAGCGAUAGCGGGGACAAGCCAAAACAUUAGAAACAUAAAUGAUUUGUAAUAAUCUAACACAGAUGUGACAGCCUUAAUUGGGUGCAAACAUUUCACAUGUACAAAACAUUUCAAGUGCAUGUAAGAAUAAUGGGACCAGACAUAUAAAGAUGUGUUAUCUACAAAAGGGGCCAAUUUAUAUAUUAAAAAAAAGGUCAGCCCUGUAAAGAUGCAAUGUAAAAGUGUCAAAGUUAUCCCACAAUUGGGGAACACCUGGACUCCUUUAUUUACCAGUUGGAACGAGUACAACCAGGGGUGAUUCUAUUGCCCCUCUUCUUAAUAUUAAUUAUGUGCAGUUCUUUUGAAAUUGUAAAUUAUUAUCUCGCAGAAACAACUGUCAUAUUUCUUUCUUCAUGCAAUGAAAAAAUAACCUUGGCAAAAAAACAUUCAUGUUAAUAAAAGGUUCCUUUUUUAUGGGUGAAA